GGUAGUGGGUGAUGUGGAGGACAGCUGAGCACCCAUGGGCGCGUGGGGUGAGCUGGGGGGCACAUAGGGGUGCUGAGUAUUCGUAGGGGCAUAGGAGGUUGUGAGUGUCCUUGAGGCACAUGGGGAGGUACUGGGUUUUAUGGGGGAUACUGGGUGCUCUGGAGGGUGUAUGGGGAUUGCUGGGUACCCCUAGGGGCACGUGGGUGCUGUGGGGGUGCAAGGGGUUACUGGGUGCUCAUAGAGGUAUAGAAGGUGCUGGGUUCCAAGGGGGGGUGGUGCUGAGUACCCUAGAUCUUACACGGGGCUGCUGAGCACUUAUAAAGCCCCACUCUAGGAACCGGAGCGAUGGCAAAGCCUGGACAUGCCUGGAGCCGUCCUAAAUCGCAGGAGGAAGAGGAGGAGGACCCGGUGGAAGCCAUGGUGUCACGGACGGGCUGUGCAGAGCAGCACUGGGCACUGCAGGAGUGCAUGGCAGAGCAGCGGGACUGGCGGCGCUGCCAGGCUCAGGUCCAGGCCUUCCGGCAGUGCAUGGCCCGGCAGCAGCGCCCACACCCUGACGAGCUGCACCCCAACCCACCCCAACGCUCCCCACAUGGAGACUGAAGCCCCCAGGACUGAACCCCACACAGGGACACUGCACCAGGCACCCUGACACCUCUAUCAGUCCCCCAGAGAUGCGGGCUGUGCUGUGGGACACGUUUCCUGUUAUUUUUCCUAUUUUUUUUUUUUUUAAAGCAGAUUGUUAUCUUGUUUCAAUCAUCUUAAUUUUAAGCCAGGAAAUUAAAUCUGAUGGCAUUUCUCCUA